GAAGAUAUGGAUGUUGAACCUGCUGAAGGUUUAGAGGCAAUUUUAGAUGAUAGUGCUCUCAAGAGAUUAAAAAUGACCAGUGAUGAUAUACGGAUUAAAAAUACGGAUCUUCCGGAAAGAAUGCUACUCCGAUCAGAAAUUGAUCAAACUCGAAAGUUAACUGAUGCUGAAAUAGAGGAGGCUACUAAAAUGAUUUCUGAAGAUUUGGCAUACUUUAAUGAACAACGACCUACUAAUCAAUUUAUGGUGGCUGUUAAGCGAGUAUUAAAAUGUUUAGGGCAAGAAUUCUUUGAGGUUCCAUAUAUAUAUACAUAUCGUCGAGAUUACAUUGCAGAAUUUGAUGAUGAUUUCUCAAAACCACCACGAGAAAUUCUCACACGAGCGGAUUUGUGGCAUAUUUAUGAUCUUGAAUAUAAAUAUAGAUU